AAGAGGAUUGACUACAGUAGAGGCUCAGUUCUGGGUUCUGGGGGUUCGAGUGACCCCAGUGGCAGAUGCAACGGGGUUGUCUGCCCGUUAACCAACUCGUUGGGGCAGAAUGAGGGACCGAUGGGUAGAAUUAUCUCGAUGAUUGAAUGAAAUGGAAGGCUGUUGCGAUGUGUGUCAGGUGACGAGUGGACCAAGUGAAUACGAUGUUUAUAAUCAGUCCGAGAAUUGUCCUCUGACCGGUGAUCAAACCAGCAAAUGCAGGGGCUCCAGCUGCGUUUGGAGAUUAAGAAUCUUCACGACGUGCUUGGCUGUCAUGUGCCUGGUGAUGAUAGUUUACCUGGUUUAUCUGCACUCGUUGCUCAGGACUUCUAAGGAUUUCUUUGAUCAUGGGGCAGUAGCUGCUGAUAACGCCAAUUGCUCGAGGAUAGGAACCGAAAUUCUGAAGAAUGGAGGGAAUGCUGUUGAUGCUGCCAUAGGAGCUAUGCUCUGCAUGACAGUUGUUGCUCCCCAUAAGACCGGUUUAGGAGGGGGUGGAAUCGCCAUCGUUUACACUGGGAAGGAAGACACUCAGCCGUUGGUCGUCGAUUUUGCAACGAACACCAUCUCAGGGGUUCUCGCACCUGCCAAGAUCAGGAUACCAGCAGUUAUCCGAGGACUGGAGUCCCUUCACACAUUGAAGAGUAGUUUUCCCUGGAGGAAAAUUGUUGAGCCAGCUGAAAUUCUGGCCAAGGAGGGAUUCGUCAUCACCGAGGACUUCUUCGAGGAACUCUCACGAGCCAAAGAUCACGGAAUGAUGUUCGAAUAUCUCGAACCAGGGGAGAAAUUGAAACUUCCGCUUUUAGGGGAGACCUUGGAAGCUAUUAAAAAUCAGGGCUCUCAAAGUUUUUACAAUGGAAGUAUAGCCACUAAGUUCCUCCGGGAUGAGUUCCACGAGAGUCGGGAGGAUUUUCUCGCGGAGUUGGCGAAUUAUCAGCCCCUGGAGGGAAAAGGAAACUCAUCGGAAUUCUAUGGCCACGUGAUUUAUGCCCCUGAACACGCGCAAUCGUUUUUUUCGGCUGUGGAGAGGGUGGAGCAUCUGAGGAUCCAGGAGGAGAUGGUGGGCUCUUUAGAUAGUCAACUCGCUGUUGCCAAGGCUCUGGUUGCAACUAACGUCGAGGAUCAUGACAUUGAACAAGAGAGAUAUACAGCAGUCGUCGCAGUUGAUUCGACCCGGAAUUUCGUGUCAAUCUUAACCGGAUUGAGUGCUCCCCUGGGUCUGGGGCACAUGACGGGAGCUGGCUUUCUCUUGGAUACUAUUUCAACUGGAAAUAAUCUCCACGCCCUCACCCCGAUAAUCUUCCACUUGAGUAAAGACCCCGUUCAAUUCUCUGGAGCCCUCGGUGCUGACGAUCCCAUACUCGCCACUGAAAUCCUAUCGAAUCUGGUGCUGAACAAGCUGAAUCUCUCCACAGCUAUCGAAACUCAAAGGUACUAUCGACUGUCUGAUGGAGUUCUUGUCGAGCCCAGGGGCAGGUACUCUUUGAAUGAGUCAUUAUCGAUUGAAAUAUCGAACUUGAUCCCUGGAUCCAGCACUGAUCUCUCGCAGUAUGUGAAGAGUGUCAAUGCUAUUGUCAAACAGGGAGAUUCACUGAGCAGUCAUUCUGAUAGUAGAGGAGGUGGGGUUGCCUUCAGAUACAAAUAAAUAUUGUAUUCUUAGAUUGAAAUUCAGUGAUAUCAUUAUUCUCCUGAGAUUAUGGCAAUUGUCGAGAUAUCCAUAGAAUAUUAUUCAAAUAUAAGGUAAUCCUUUAGUUAUUAUUAAAGUCCCACUGAAAUUUCAGUUUUUUU